AUGGUGAAGUCAAGUAAUUUUGUGGAGAGUGAUAGUAUCUCGGCAUCGAAAGCUACUUGGGAUGACGACCUCACCUUGACGUUUUGUGAAAUUUGUGUAAAAGAAGUUGAUGCUGGUAAUAGACCAACAACUCAUCUAAACACAACAGGUUGGGAAAAUGCUGUUACCUUUUUUAAAGCAAGAACACAGAAGAAUUAUGGAAAACCACAAUUGAAAAAUAAGUGGGAUACAUUAAAAAAGGAAUGGAGGUUAUGGAAUGUGUUACUUAAGAACUCUCCUGGUCUCGGAUGGUGUUCAUUUAAAAGGACCAUCGAUGCCACUGAAGAAUGGUGGGCUGAAAAGUUACUGGAAAAUCCCGAUUUCAAAGGAUUUAAAAAGAAAGGAAUUGAACCACGGUUGAAUGAGUUACUGUGGAAAAUGUUUGGUGACGUUACAGCGACCGGAGAACCUGCAUGGGCAGUUUCGUCUGGUGUCGUUCCUAAUGGAGUUUCUACGGAGCAUGCUAAACCUGUUGAGGGAUCUGGUGAUACGAAUGAACAUGGUACCAAGAAUAAGGAAAUUCCUAAUCUUGAGGUAGCCUUAGACCCUUCUCUUGAAACUUCUAGUCGCGGCAAGCGAAUGCUCGGGGUUGUACAUGAUAAAGGUAAAAAAUCAAUUCCGAUUAGAAGAUCAAUAGGAAAGACUUUGGCUGCUCAGAUCGAGAAGUUAUGUCAGAGUAUGGCUAAUCAAAGGAAGUCGAUGAACGAAGUUGUUUCUCCUCGUUCUCAAUAUACUAUUUCAGAUGCAAUGGAUGCGUUGCGAGCUUUGGAAAAUGAAAUCCCGAAAAAGCAUUUUCUGUAUUUCUUUGCCACCCAAAUAUUCCAAGUCCCGGUGAAACGAGAGAUGUUUUUGAAUUUAGAUCAAGAUAUCAGGGCUUGGUGGCUUCAACGCGAGUAUGAUGAACAAAAUGCCAAUGCUCGUCUUUCAUCCUUGCUGUCAGCUUUGUCGCAUGGAAUUCAACAAUUCCAGCCACCACCUCCACCACAAGGUCCUUAGGGCUAUUCAUGUGAUAUAAGAAUGUAUAUCACUUUGCUUUUAAAAAAAAGUUAUGAUAUUUAGGAUUGUAUUUAGAAAAUUCAGUGAAAAUGUCUAUAACUAGUCUAUGUAUGAUCAUCUAU